UAUAUAUGUAAAAAGGUGCAACAAUGCCGGUUCGAAUAAAUCCGUACCGUUCGUCUCGCGGACUCGUCCUCUUCUGUUUGGAUUGCGCCGCCGUUCCUCACAUCGCCUCCCAGCUCCGACGAAGUGGUAUCUUGUGAUCUAGCUUUAAAGAGAUGGCACUGCGAGGAGUUUGGCAACUUCAGAAGCUUAUAGUGAGCUAUUCUGACUGGGGUGGAAGCAGCAAGGGGAUCAGGGCCUUUAUGGAAACUCAUUUGCCAGUCUUUAAGGAAAAGAAUCCUCAGCUAGAGGUAGUCACUGAGCUUAUCCGUGGACAGCAUCCUCAUUUGAAGGGCUUAUAUAAGAAUCAUAACCAGCGGGUGAUCUGUGUUAAAAAUUUGAUGCCAGAGGACGUAUUACUGCAUGCUACCAGAUUAAGGAAUGCCUUAGGAAGGAAGGUUGUGAAACUGAGAACAAGGCAUGUCACAAAGCAUCCCAGUGUUCAAGGCACAUGGACAACUGCACUCAAAUUUUGAAUAGAAGAGCUUAGAGCAGUAAAGCAUACGGCACGGUUUGGUGGUGCAGUUUCUGAAUGAGAGUUGUUUCUCUUAGAUUCCGGUAUGCUCUCAGAUAGACAUUUGAAAAUUGUACUCGGCAUCUAAUGUAGACGUAUGUUGCUAACUAUUUCGAUCGGUGCGGGGUGAUGCUAUUUGUGGCUGGUAUCCAUUGUAUAUCCACUAUCAUUUUUGUGAGGUAUAAUGGGUAUGCGGUCUCUACACAAAAUUAGUGUGGGUUGUGCACUGUGAAACAACCAUCGCAACUAAAAAUCUUGUACGUGUGUAGUGGCUUAUAUGUUGAGCUUUAAUAAGUCUUGGAUUCAUUUUGAGUUAUAUUGUUGGAAAGCUGGAAUUGAAUCAAGUGCUAUUUUUCUGUAAUGGGGAAAAAAUAAUAGUAUUUAUGAUGUGAUAA